UGCCCACCCAGUGGUCAGGAGAUAAAAGGAAGGCAACUGCAGCAGGGGCCGAGCAUCGUGCAGAGGAGAGCCCUGACAGCCACCCCAGCUCCAGCACUGCUCGUGGUUUCCUCAGUCCCUGCAGCACCAUGAAGAUCCCCGCAGCUGCCCUGGCCGCUCUGCUCAUCGUGGCCAUCUGCUCCCUGGCUGAGUGCUCCCAGAAGCCAGACACUGUCCCCAUCGAGUGCUGCUUCACCUACAUAGCCCACCACAUCCCAAGGAACUUCAUCACCUCCGCCUACAGGACCAACAGCAACUGUUCCCUGCCAGCGGUGGUCCUGGUCACCAAUAAGGGGAGGAAGGUGUGUGUGAGCCCCAAGGCACUUUGGGUGCAGAGGUAUCUGAAGGAACUCCAGAUGCUGGAGUACUGACCCUUCCCGGCUGCCAUCCCAGUGCAGCAGGCUCAGCCUCCAGCACCAGAUGCACAACAGACUGCUUGAACUGCAUCCUUCUUUAACAGGAAAAUUAAUUGACAUACGUUUGUUAAACUAUAUUUUGUUUGCUAAGAAAGUGAAAAUACAAAAAGAAUUUAAAAGGUA